UACAGGAAGCUUCUACUCAUUUACAGUAAUCAAACCAUGAUGAUUAAACACUUAUUGUUCAAGAAACUGGUACUGCUACAUUCUUAUGUUACAUACACAUCAUGUGGAGAUGGAUGGUAGUGAUGGGAAAAGUUGCAGAGUUGGUCAUUCAAAUAGAAAAUUCAAAUAGAUCCGUGCAGAUUGGGUUUGUUUAACGAGAUGUGAGGCAUUACAAUAGCCUUGAGGUCACAGAUCCACAAUUUGAACCUUGAUUAUUUCUUAACAAAGGCGGAUCAUUGAACAUGAGGAAUUCUUCUUCCUCGAACACAUAUACGAGGGGCGAGACAAACAUGUUUGACUUGAUUCUACCUGCACAGUUUCUUUAAAGCUCACGCAUGGAGGAGUUAGUGGGUGGACCUGACUGUAAGGUACUUAAAGAUGAGGAGAAAGGGAAGCAGGCACAGUUAACAUGGCUCUGUACCACUUUGUGUUUGGUGUAAGUCUGGUGAUCUUUCUCUUCGAAGGGUGUUGUUCACAGCCGCCAACUUGUGGCGUGGCUCCAGGUAACUUAAGAAUUGUUGGAGGUCACGAUGCGGCUCCGGGAUCUUGGCCAUGGCAAGUCAGUUUAAACGAGGAUGGAGGUUCCUAUUUUUGUUCUGGAUCCCUAAUCAACAAGGACUGGGUGCUGACAGCUGCUCACUGCGUGGCAUCGAGUUUUGGUUCUGUGAAGGCUUUUCUGGGCCGCCAAAGCCAGUCCGGUCCAAACCCCAAUGAAGUGUCACGAAAUAUCAAUCAGAUAGUGUUGCAUCCUUCCUACAACCCUCUGCUCAACGAUAAGGACAACGACAUAGCGCUCUUGAGGAUGGAGUCCUCUGUGAAUUUUACUCUGUACAUACGUCCGGUCUGCUUAGCGGCUGAAGGCAGUACUUUCCACACCGGGAUCAGCAGCUGGGUUGCUGGUUGGGGUCGUAAUUCUACAGGUUUUUAUUCUAACAUCCUUCAGGAGGUGAACGUGCCAGUCGUGGGAAACAACGAGUGCAGAUGUAGUUAUCCUCAAAUACUGACGGAGAACAUGCUCUGCGCUGGGCUCAAAGAUGGAGGGGAGGAUGCAUGUCAGGGAGACUCCGGAGCGGCACUGGUGGCCAAACAGGGUUCUGUCUGGGUCCAAAGUGGGGUCGUGAGUUUUGGUUUGGGCUGUGGCCAACUUCCUGGAGGUUACAUCCGUGUGUCCAAGUACCAGCAAUGGAUCAACCAAACCAUGGGCAGCAGCGAACCGGGCUUUGUUACCUUUAACUCGCCAGGAAUCGACAGCGACUCAAACUUUACCUGCCCAACACCACCACCACCCAAAACUACCAAAAGCACUACUUACACCACAAUGCCUCCAACCACAAGUGUGACAACAUAUCUGACAACACGUCCGUCAACCACGGAGGAUAAAAGUAUAUUUGGUGGGAGUGAAAGCGUGACCCACUUCAACCGCUUCAUCCCAAUCGGUGUUCUUCUUCUUUCUCUCUAUGUUCUGGUUGGUGACAUAUAAUAUGUAAGCUUGUUUCACCUGGAUGUGGUCAGAAAAGGUGUCAGCAAGGUGACAAGUUAAACCACUGGAGCUCAGCAAAAGCAAUAUUUUCACAGGGGCUGCUGGGUUACUGUCUUUGCAGUUUGCAGGUGGUGGGGUUGGGAAAAGUUUAACACGCUACAAUAACUGUAAUAAUCAACAUGCUACAUACCUUAAUGCAAAUUUUGUAUUGUCUUUAGAAGAAAUGUUUCCAGAGGAUGAACUCUGGCACGCCACAUGUGGAGGUUACACAGGGUCAAGUAAAUGUCUUGAGGUCUCUGUAGGGAUAGUGUUAAAUCUUAAAGCAGAAAUAGGUCUGUCUCACUCCAUCGACACAACGGAUAGCUACAUAACGUAGAAGCCUCUACAGACAACUGAGUGUAAACAUAUUUCCGUUUGUAGACUGCCGAUUGGCAAAUACCUUAUUCUGUACACGUGUCACUGUUCGGUGGACAUUGGUAAAUUCUCCAUUUUCUGUGAGCAAGCUUCAAUAAAUCUUUCAGAA